AUGGUCACCACCACCAUGAUCGCCGAUGUGACGAAGCAGACCGCGACCUUCUCCACCUUCAUGAACAACCGCUUCGAUGAGAUCAACGAGAACUUCGUCAAUCUCAACGCCCGCCUGAGCAACAUCGAGCGUGCACGCUCCAAAAAGGAUGGUGUAGAUGACAUCCACAAGGUCCUCGAUCGUUGGACGACGAAGUUCAACGAGCUCUUCGAUGGAUGUAACGAUUCCCCGUCGAUAACAGAUCCAAUUCAGCCGGAGAACAACACGUGGCUCCACACCACUGAGCAAGCAAGCGGCCACGGCGACGCCGUCGUCACCAACAUCCAAACCAGAUUGGAUAAGAAUGACGCCAUCAACAGCCUCGAAGCUGAGACCAAGCAAGUCAUGAUCACCGCCGGCAAAUCCUUCCUCAACAACAAGAUGGAGGAACCUCUCUCCUCCAACACCCCGGAGAUCACCAUAGAGGUGUCGAACACCUUGUUCGCGGCACCGCCAGCACCACAGCCACCGCUGCUGCCAUGCCUUCCCGCGCUUGGCCGGCACCCAGCCAGCCCCGGCCGGCCACCGACUUCUACAGCCGGCCUUCUGGCCGCCAGCACAGCAGGUGCCCACACCUCCACCGUCGCAAUCGGCCAUCUGGCCGUCGGCGCAGCAAGCGCCCCACCUCGACCACAGCAGCCGGCGCGGCAGGCGCCCCCACCUACACCACCACAGGAGUCGAUCUCUUCGGCAACGACAGCGCGACCUCCACAAUUACAACCCAUCAAGGCUCAACUAACAACUCCCACAUACGAUGGCUCGAUGGAUCCACUGCCAUGGCUCUCCAGGAUGCAACUACUAUCCAAGCUGCACCACGUACCUGCAGAUCAACAUGUUCGCCGAGACACGCUCGACGACCUCGCUCCGCCUCGACACACUGACACCAUGAACAACUACAUCGACAACUUUGCUGUGUACGUGCUACAUGUCAGCAUCACCAGCGAGCUUCAUCAGAUCAACCUCCUCAUCGUCGGCCUGCAAGAUCCACUCCAGGUGACAGUCGCACGACACCACCCAAGAGAGCUGGAGACGGCCAUAGCUCUAGCGCGAGCACAGGAGCAUCUCGCGCCUACAAACGGCAACGCCGCACGAGCCAUCCCCAAGAUCGGCGCCAACUCCGACCACACGGCACAGCGGGAAGUGGACGCCCCAUCAGGCAAGAUGAAACGUGACUUGGCACAACCUCCGGCAACGACUCCGACACCCCACAACACCCACGCACAGGCGCUCCUUCCACUGGUCGGCUACAACACCGAAACGACCGCGCACCCCAACGACAUCACCAUUGCAGCCGGUCCCAAUCUCGGAGCACAGCGGGCAAGGGACGCCCCGACGGGAAGGGCGACACGGACCUCUGCUCCUCUCCCCCCCACGGCGACCCCGACACUCGACAUCCCUCCACCACCAAUGCUACCUCCACGUGUCAAGAACAACGCCGGCAUAGUCCCUAUUCUCGACGACACCAUCGACCCCGCCAUCAUCACCCAGCUCCGCCUGGCCGCCCUGGACGAACAGGAACCCCAGAUCAUCUCCGCCACCAUCGCAGUCAACGCAGCGACUCCAGCAUGGUCGCUCCAACAAGGCGUCAUCCUCUACAACGGGCGCUACUACAUACUAGUGACUUCUCCGUUGUUGCAGGAGCUGCUGGAAUAUGUGGGAAUGACAACCCCACAACUCCUACCAAACGGCUUCCACACAGCGGCAUCCACACCAGCUACCCAGGGUACUUCACAGCAGAGGCCCUUUUUUGAAGCUUGUGGAUUUGGUGAUGAUAUGAUGGGUUCAACAACAAUGUUGUAUACUAGAAAAGCGCACAAAUAG